AUGGAAACAAAGAAGCAAAACAUAUUAAUUAUCGAUGGAGGUAAAGCAUUCUAUUCGGUAGGUGGCAAACUCUCAACUAGUUUAGUUGAACUCGCAGAAAAGAUUUUGGUCGAAAAAGGUUAUCAAGUAAAGAGAACAAAAUGCGACAAAGAUUAUGAUACCAAAGAAGAAUUAAACUUGUUCGUUUGGGCAGAUGUUGUUAUUUGGCAAAUUCCUGUUUGGUGGCAACAAGUUCCAUGGACUGUGAAGAAAUACAUCGACGAAGUAUUCUAUGAAGGACAUGGAGUUCUCUAUGAAUCAGAUGGAAGAACUCGUAAAGAUCCAACGAAACUCUACGGAAGUGGAGGACUUUGUCAAAAUAAGAAAUUUAUGAUUUCUUCAACAUGGAAUGCACCAUAUGAGUCAUUACACGAACCAGGCCAAUUCUUCAAUCAAAGAGGUCCAGACGAAGUUUUAUAUCCAUUCAGAGCUUGCAUGGGUAUGCUUGCGUUUCAAGAGCUCCCACAUAUAGCUUUCAAUGAUGUAAUUAAGAACCCACAAUACGAGCAAUAUGUUAAAACAUACACAGAACACCUCAACAAGGUUUUCCCAUAA